UGAUAUAAUGUUAAACUGGCGAUUUCCCCGGCGAAAGUACAGUGAGGAGUUGCUAGCGUUGCCAGGCCACUUAAUGUUCAUCACAGAAUCAUUGCUAGAUGUCCAGAAAAAUAUCUCAUCGUCGUGUUUAAAAGUUGUUUUGGCCGGAACAGAGUCUGUAAUCAGACCUGUGAGGAACCGUGAGCUGCAAACAUGUCUCAAUCACCAGCAGUGAAAAGCGAGGAUGCGAGCUGCUCCCUUAAAGGGUCUCCACAGCUCAUCUCCUGCCUCCUGCCACAGCAACCAUCUCUUGGAUACAAACGAAUCACAGAAAAGCAACUCGGGGAAGACGCCGAUACAGAUCCUGCAUGAAUAUGGCACGAAAAGCGGAAACCUUCCUGUGUACGUGAUGGAGAGGGCUGAAGGAGAGGCUCACCAGCCCAGCUUUGUCUUCAGCGUGACAGUCGGUGACGUAAGCGGCAUAGGUCAAGGUCCAAGUAAAAAGGCUGCUAAACACCAGGCUGCAGAGGCUGCUCUAAAAGCUAUGAACAUAGACGCUGGAGUCAUCAGGAAUGUUCCUGGGAAGUCUGACAGUAAUGGUGUGGCAACAGAGACAAACAAUCAUCCUAACUCUGUGGGGUUACUCCAGGAGUUAGCAUUACAAAGAGGAUGGCAUCUUCCUGAAUACACAGUUUUAACAGAGGCUGGUCCACCACAUAAGAGAGAGUUCACGGUUAUUUGUCGAUUGGAGUCCUUGUCAGAGAAGGGUGUAGGAAAUUCAAAAAAAGCUGCAAAAAAAGCGGCUGCAGAGAAAAUUGUGGCAAAGCUUCAGAGUCUAUCAGGCUGUUCUGAAAUCACAUGGGGUCCUAAACCAAGUGUGCGAUUUGAAAACCUAAGGAACUCGACGGCAGAGAAGAUAUCUUUACUGAGGAGAAACCCGCUGAGCAUUCCCAACACAGACUACAUUCAGAUGAUGUUGGACCUUUCCACAGAACAAGGCUUUGAGGUCACAUACUUUGAUAUUGAUGAGCUCACAGUGAACGGGCAGUAUCAGUGCCUGGCAGAGCUGUCCACCACCCCUGUCACCGUGUGCCACGGCACAGGCAUUUCCUGUAGCAACGCCCACAACGACGCAGCCCACAGCGCACUACAGUACAUCAAGGCCUCUAUCAAAUAAACAACGGCGCUGCCAGCAGUUGCUCCACCCACAGUGUCACAUACAUCAGCUGAUGCCCAUUCUGCGAUUGCCCGGGUAUAUUUUUGUAAUCAUGCACAUGGCAAAGUAGACUCAACUGCGCAGUAACCCGAAAAAGCAUCAGCUUUAUUUUUCACCUCUAUUUAUACUCGCGAGCAAACUGUAAAAGAAUCGAGCGGAAGUGUGGCUGUUUGUAUGUUUUUACUUUAAAUGUCCAAAGUAUGUGAUGAAAAGUGGAAGAAUAUUACAAACUAUUUUCUUUGUAUCUUUUUACACACAGUGUGAGUGCAGUCAGUGGUUUGAAUGUCUAGUUUUUCAAUACAUUUUGUCUACUGUGACAUAUGGACAGAAAGACAGGCCAUGUUUUUAUUUCUUAUUAGUAUUUAUUUUGUCCUACUUCCACUCAUCCAUCGCUCUUUAUCAGUUUGACUCGGAAUAGAAAAGAUGAUUGCUGGUCUGUUGCAGUGUGCCUCUGUAUAGGUAUAGAAGUAAAACCUGCUCUAUAUUUAAUAGAUUUACUGACCGGUGUUCUCUGCUGUAUGAACUUACUGUUGGUAGAGAAAAAUGGCAGCAAAAACAAGUGUUCAGAUCCAGUAAAUAAAUGAAAUGACAUUAAAUAAAUCUUAAUGA